UAUGAGCAUAGCAAGCAUAUGGAAAUAGCUGCUUUCUGUCAUUUUAGCUGUCAUUUAAGUAAGAUUUAUGCAAGUGUGGGUGAAGCGAAUGAAACAUCAGCAGGGCUGGUGUCUGAUAACCCAGUUCUACACAGUUCUUAAGAUUUGGUGUUAGACCUAAAUGUGUCCUAUCCUUGGCUUAAGUAGCAAGGACUAGAGCCGAUCUAGAGUCAGCAGUCUCUAACCCGGUUUGAAAAUUCAACCCGAACCAAUCAAUGUUACUUAGAGAACUGUAAACCUACCCAGCAUGGACCCUGCAUUUUAGCGCAAACCAGACCACAUACUAAAAUUCUAGCUUUAUACAUUGAAAAUAUCCUUCAAACUUAAAAGCUCCCAAUCUAACCCUCAGAACCCACUUGGCCACUAGUAGGACCAAAAGUGUGUUUUCAUCUCAUAUUACUCCUAAAUUCCAAAUCAUUGAUCUACAACUUGCCCGUCUGUCCCUACUAAUAUGCACAACCUAACAUAAACAAUUAACUAGUGUUUUUUUUUUUUUUGGAUGAAAAGACCCAUGUACCCUUUCCCACUAUUUCUUCCUCUCAUUUUCACAUAGUUGCAAACUCCUUGUUUUUAUUUCAUUUUGUGAAAAGGGGUUUGGUUAGAAUUUGUAAUGAUGGAAUAGAUAAUUUGAUUACUUUCCAUAUAUGUUUAGGUUGAGUGGAAUUUUAGGUGAGAUUGGGAUGAACAAUUCAACACCCUCUAACCUACUCUACUCUCAACAAUACUAUACUAAAUGUUUUGUCCAUUUUGCCAUUAAUGAGUAAAGAGAGGAAGAGUUUAGAUAAGGGGGUGUUCAUGUAACUUGUACUUCAUAUCAUUAUUUUAUAAAUGUCAAUUUUGAUUAACGGCGGCAUAAUUGGGAUUAGUGAGAUAAUUGGGUGAUAAGGCUAAUUGCAAUUUUAACAAUUGGGUAACUUGUAUUAUCAUUCAUGAUUAAAGGACAUAAUAUGUACUCCAUACGUCCAUAGUCCAUAUUCAAUAUUAAGUACAAGUAUAUAACAAGCUUUGAUGUUUGAUUCCCUACAUUUCGUGUGUCAUAAUAUCACUAUGAGUAUUAAUUUUGCAAAUAUGCCCAAAUAACAAGUGAUUAUGGUGACUAAUACAAGACAAAUUAAUGUACGAGUACCCCGACAUCAAUACUCCCACCGUCUAAUCCCCAAACUAACCCUCGACUUCCACGAUAAAACCCUCUCUCAAGAAACCACCCUGCACCACCACCACCACGUCCACCACCAACUAGAGUUAAUAUUUGAUCAUCCAAUCAAAAUAUCUAAUCCCCAAACUCACCCUCGACUUCCACGACAAAAACCUCUCGUCAGAAGCCACCCUUCACCACCACCAACUAGACUUAAUAUUUGACCAUCCAAUCAAAAAAUCUAGUCAAAAUUCAUCAGUAAGUAAGUGGCCCACUCUAAAGAAAAGAAGAGAAGAUGAGAAGAAUAACACUACUUUCCAAGAAGCAAGAAGAAGCCAUCAAAUUUUGUACCCAUUCAUGCAUCAGCAUCCCUUACACUGUCUUGCUGGCUGCUACACCUAAUCUCUCACUUAUUUUAUUAAUCAGGUUUUAAUUAUUAAUCCUUAAUUUAUUCACAUGCUCAUAAUUUUCCUUAACCACCCUCACUAAUCCACCAUUAUCCGAUCCUCGGCAUUAUUUUUUCAGUCUUGAGAGAAGACGAGCCUAAUCUUAAUCCGCGAAUAAUCCCCAAUCAAAACCAAAUACCCACACCCAUUCAUGGAUCAACAAUAGAAAGAAAAGAAAAGAAAUGUUUCGUCUCAUUCUUUUCCUUUUUCUCUCUCUUCUUUCUCUUCUUCCUUCAUCAGCUCAAAACUCAUCAUGUCCCUUAGAUUUCGCCAUACUUCAAACUCUGGUUCGAGAAAAAGACGUGAAUUCAUCAAACAAUGUCGCAGCCAACUGCGGCUACAUCGCCGAAGGACUCAGGCUCGUCCUCUCGCAAUACCUCCGAACCACCGGCUCAUUCUACCCACCACUUAGCUCGUCCGAGUCAUGCUGGGACUCGUACGACUCAGUCGUCGACUCGUUCCUACCAAACUUCAAGGUUCGAGCCUCUUGUGGGUUCAAAACUCAGUGGAUUUCCGAAGGUUGUUUGAACAUCUCAACUCAGUCCGAGUUCGAGAAACUCGUUCCUCAAUCCGCAUUAAACGACGCCGUUUCGAACUGUAAUCAAUCUCUGGCAAAUGGGUCUCCUUGUGCUUCUUGUCUCACGAGUCUUACUACUCUGCAAGCUUCGUAUCUCAAAUCGAAGGACCCUUUUAAUGGUAAUAUCUCUGAUUGUACUAAUCUUCCAUUGAUUUAUGCUGGAGCUGUGAUUAAUCAAUUUGGACCGUCUGAUCCUGGAACUGCUAAAUGUUUGUUUUCACUGGAUUUUUCUUCGUCCAAAAAUGGUAGUAAUUGGAAGAAGAAAUUGCUGAUUUCGUUGAUUGUAGUUGUGGGUUUUAUUGGGUUGUGCUCUGUUUUUGGUGGGGUUUACAUGUAUUUGAGGUUGAAGAAGAGGAGAGAGAAAAUUGCUGCGAAAAACAGGUGGAUUACUCGGGUCGGGUCUGGAACCGGGCUGAAUCUUUCGUCGAUUGGGGGGAGUACCCAUUUGAUGAAAUUCGGGUUUGAUGAGAUUAAACGGGCUACCAAGAACUUUCACCGCGAUAAUUUGAUAGGUAGAGGUGGAUAUGGAAAUGUGUACAAGGGUUUAUUGCCUGAUGGUACUGAGAUUGCUGUUAAGAGGUUUAAGAAUUGUUCGGCUGCAGGAGAUGCGAGUUUUACACAUGAAGUUGAGGUGAUUGCGAGUAUUAGGCAUGUUAAUCUUGUGGAAUUGAGAGGGUAUUGUGUUGCUACUACUAAUUUAGAAGGUCAUCAGAGGUUGAUUGUGUGUGAUUUGAUGCAUAAUGGUAGUUUACAUGAUCAUUUGUAUGGGAAUGCGUUGGAGAGGAAGCUAAGUUGGCCGGUUAGACAAAGAAUCGCGCUAGGAAUGGCUAGGGGAUUAGCUUAUUUACACUAUGGAGCACAGCCUUCGAUCAUUCAUCGUGAUAUUAAAGCUAGUAACAUACUUUUGGAUGAUAAUUUUGAGGCCAAAGUUGCGGAUUUUGGCCUUGCUAAGUUCAACCCUGAAGGUUUCUCACAUUUGAGUACUAGGGUGGCUGGAACUAUGGGAUAUGUUGCCCCGGAGUAUGCCCUUUAUGGGCAAUUAACUGAGAGGAGCGAUGUUUUUAGCUUUGGUGUCGUGUUAUUAGAGCUGCUGAGUGGUAAGAAAGCUAUACUAUCGGUCCCAGAUGGGCAAGGGCAGCCGUCAUUGGUGACUGAUUGGGCUUGGUCAUUGGUUAGAAAAGGGCAUGCUUUGGAUGUCAUAGAAGAGGGGAUGCCGGAGUUAGGACCGGAUUCAGUAAUGGAGAAGUAUGUACUGACGGCGGUUUUAUGUUCACACCCUCAGUUGUAUGCUAGGCCUACAAUGGAUCAAGUUGUAAAGAUUUUGGAGACUGAUAUGCAAGUUCCUUCUAUUCCAGAAAGGCCAAUUUCUUUCAAUGCUGAGCUUGAGGAUAUCGAAAGGUCUGCUAGUAGUAGUGGCUCCGGCCAAUUGUCGACUUCCGGUGGGUUUCAAUCAUAUUCAAUGGGACAUAUAGAUUUUGCUAGCCAUAAUGGGCAAGAGGAAGCAGUUGAUCCUGCAACAAGCUUGAGAUAAUUUGUUCCUGUUAUAUAUUCUUUCUAGUUUAUUUGAAAAUUUUGACCCCCUUGUAAUUGAAGUACAGUAGUACACCUUGAUUGUAUAGGCAAUUAGGCAUGCCUUUUUCUUUUUCAAUUUUUAUUUUUUUGGGGUGGGGGAUUUAGGUUAAAGAUAGUAUCUUAAGUAGGAAAUAAUAGGAAGGGAUUGUAUAUACUAGAGUAAUAUGGAAGUUUAAAAUUUAGCUCACUUGGUUCAUGUGAAAUGAUAUUGGCUCGAUUUGGCAAAAUUGAUGGA